CUUCCGGCAAUAAGCAGACGCCGCCCGUGGGUGCGCUCGGAGGCUGCCGCGGCUCGUGCGGGAGCGCCAGUACUGGGGAUACCAAUCACUAGGCCCUGUGAAUGCUAGAAGUGUACCCUGGAGCCACACCCUGGCCCUGCCUUCCAGAGUCCUCUGAACAGGGGAGAUUUUAGGACACUGCUGUGUAAUGCACCUGCGCCUCAUUCUGAAUAUGCCAGGACUCUGGAUAUGAGCAGAUCUCUGCUGAAGGAGAACUAUGCCAUUUCUGGGUCAGGACUGGAGAUCCCCUGGAUGGAGCUGGAUUAAAACUGAGGAUGGCUGGAAAAGGUGUGACUCCUGUAAUCAGGAGCUCAGAAGUGAGAACAACCAGUGUACCGUCAACCAUAGCAUUAUAUUAAAUAGUGGAGAAGAAGAAAUAUUCAGUAAUAAAGAAUGUGAAUAUGCAUCCAAAAAGAGAAAAAAGGACCAUUUUGGAAAUGAUACUACUGCUCAAAGUUUUUAUCGUGAAAAGUGGAUUUAUGUCCAUAAAGAAAGCACAAAAGAAAGGCACGGCUACUGCACCCUGGGAGAAGCCUUCAACCGGCUCGACUUUUCAAGUGCCAUUCAAGAUAUCCGAAGGUUCACGUACGUGGUCAAACUGUUGCAGCUAAUUGCAAAAUCCCAGUUAACUUCACUGAGUGGUGUAGCACAGAAGAAUUACUUCAACAUUUUGGAUAAAAUCGUUCAGAAGGUUCUUGAUGACCACCAGAAUCCUCGCCUCAUCAAAGACCUUCUCCAAGACCUGAGCUCUACCCUUUGCAUCCUUGUUAGAGGGGUGGGCAAGUCAGUGCUAGUGGGGAACAUCAACAUCUGGAGUUGCCGCUUGGAAACUGUUCUCAGCUGGCAACAGCAGCUACAGAAUCUUCAGAUGACUAAGGUGAAUACCGGCCUCACGCUCAGUGACCUGCCCUUGCACAUGCUGAACAACAUCCUUUACCGCUUCUCAGAUGGCUGGGAUAUUGUUACCCUGGGCCAGGUGACACCCACACUGUCCAUUCUCAGUGAGGACAGGCGGCUGUGGAAAAAGCUGUGUCAGUACCACUUUGCUGAGAAGCAGUUUUGUAGACAUUUGAUCCUUUCAGAAAAAGGUCAUAUUGAAUGGAAGUUGAUGUAUUUUACACUUCAGAAAUAUUACCCAACUAAAGAACAGUACGGAGACACUUUACAUUUCUGUCGGCACUGCAGCAUUCUCUUCUGGAAGGACUACCAUCUUGCUUGGUUGUUUAAGGACUCAGGACACCCCUGCACUGCAGCCGACCCUGACAGCUGCUUCAUGCCUGUGUCCCCACAGCACUUCAUUGACCUCUUCAAGUUUUAAUGGUCCCCUCAGCCCUACACCCUUGUCCAUGGUGAUUCCUAGUGCUUCCUGUGUGUAGCUGAUGUAAGUGUUCUCUGUGACACAAAGUGAUUAUAACGUCAGUGACUGGGAGAGUCUGCAAGACCCUUGCUUCCAGAAAGACCAGAAAGGACGUGAAAGAUGCCCUGAAGGCUGUGCAGCAUCAGUGAAGGAAUGGAGACCCCAAAAUCAUUUGUACUUAUUUCUUUAAAACUCUUCUAAGGGCUGGAAAGAUGGCUCAGUAGUUAAGGUGCUGUCCUGCAAAGCCCAAGAACGCAUGUUCGAAUCUCCAGGUCCCAUGAAGCCAGAUGCAGUGAUAUAAGUGUGCAGUGUCACACAGGCAC